AUGGACACUUCUAUGAUAUAUGAGGCUGUGCCACUUUUGCACUUUUCGAUGGCGAUCCGAUGUCAACAGUUGGUUCUGUUAUGUGUGUGCAUAUGCUGUUUGUUAUGGCUGGAAACAACAGAAGGUGCACGAGGUGGAGGAGGUGGCAGAGGAGGGGGUAAAGGCAGAGGAGGGGGCAAACGAGGGUAUGGAUCUAGAAUGCCUGUUCUCAUUCGACACAACCCAGCAAGUGCUAAUUACUAUGACCACAAAGAUGGUGCUCGAAUUGUGAAAUGUUCCCAUUUUGAACUUGAUUACAUGCUAGGAAGAAAAAUUACAUUCUUCUGCAUGGCACAAGGUUUACCAAGACCUCAAAUAACUUGGUUUAAAGAUGGAAUAGAACUUUUUGCACAUAAAUAUUUUCAGGUUCACGAGUGGCCCAUUGGCAAUGAUACAAUGAAAUCUAAAAUGGAAAUUGAUCCAACAACACAAAAAGAUGCUGGUUACUAUGAGUGUCAAGCAGAUAAUCAGUAUGCAAUUGAUCGAAGAGUUAUGAUAGUUUGGAAGCAAUUACUUGCACUAGUGUUUGUUCUGCUUGUGUGUGAUGGUCCAAAAGGAGUAAUGGGAAGAAGAGGUCGAGCCCGUGGCAGAACAAAAAGUAAAUUUCAGAUAGGGUUGCCAGUUACAGGGCAAUACAGAGACCCUGAGUCUGACAAAUACUACAACAAUAACAAUGGAGCAAAAAUAUUAGAAGCAUCCCAUUUUGACUAUGAAUAUAUGUUGGGUCAUAAGAUUGUGUUCCUGUGUUUGGCAAAAGGUUCACCUCGUCCUUCUAUAACAUGGUUUAAGGAUGGAAUUGAAUUAUAUGCACACUCAUAUCUUCAUAUUCAUGAAUGGGUGAUCAAUGAUGACAAAAUUAAAUCAAAACUGGAAAUUGAUCCAGCCACACAAAUGGAUGCUGGGCUUUAUGAGUGUUCUGCUGAUAACAUGUACUCGAUUGAUCGACGCAGCUUUAAAACAGAUUUCAGUAUAGCUUUCGACUAA